AUGGUGGAAAUCGGUGCUCCUCAGCAGGCUGCAGAAGAAAGUUUGGAAAAUGCCGACUGGUAUUGGGGCGACAUUACUCGAGAUGAUGCUAAUGAAAAAUUAAAAGACACCUGUGAUGGCACAUUCCUUGUCCGCAACGCUUCAAACAAAGAUGGAGGCUACACACUUACAGUUAGAAAAGGAGGCACUAAUAAAUUGAUAAAAAUUUAUAACCAAGAUGGCCGCUAUGGAUUCUGUGAACCAUAUGAAUUUCACUCGGUUGUUGACCUGGUUAGGUUCUACCGGGAGUAUUCAUUGGCACACUGCAAUAGUAGCCUAGAUAUUAAACUUAUGUACCCUCUAUCAAGACACCAAGAUAAUGAUGGAGGAGAAAACAUAAAUGAUGAUACUCUGGAGCUGAACUACAAAGAUAUUCAUAAAAAAUUUGUUCUCAGAACAAGAGAUUAUAAUGAGCGAUCAGAAAAAUACUUGCGCCUACGAGAGGAGGUAAAAUUCAAAAGACAAACAUUAGAUGCAUUCAAAGAAACUGUUAAAGUAUGUGAAGAGCACCUGAAGUUACAAGAAAAAAUGCAGGCUGAAGCACAACCUCAUGAAAAGAAUGAUUUAAUUGAAAACAAUAGACAGCUUAUUUCAAGAGUAAAUAGCUUAAAGCAAGCUAGAUCUCAGCACCACAGCAUCCUAAGGGAAACUGUUGAUGCUAAUCUGGUACUUGAGAGAGAGAUCACAAAAUUAAAGUCGGAAGUCAUUAAUCUCUAUAAAAUAAAAGAUAGAUAUAAAGUGUGGCUACAGAAAAGAGGUAAAACAGAAGAAUAUUUACAAGCCCUUGAAGAUGACAACAUUCAUAAACUUGAAGAGUUAUAUGCGCACAGAGAAAGUGUUACUUGGAUGGUCGAAAACUGUACACGAGAUAUGGCGACCCGCCUUCUUGAAGGAAAACCCCAAGGAACCUUUUUAAUACGGCCUAACUCUACUGGUCAAUUAGCUUUAUCUAUAAGUUGUAAUGGUAUGGUGUACCAUUGUAUUAUAUUCAAGACUGAGCGUGGAUAUGGGUUUGCUGAACCCUACAAUAUCUACAAAACAUUAAAUGAGCUUGUACUGCAUUACGCAGUUAAUUCUCUAGAAGAACACAAUGACCAAUUGCGAACUGCCCUUAAGUACCCUAUUAAUGCACAUUUAGUGAAGAAACCAGACAAAAAAGUUCAUGAUACACAAGAUUCACACCAUUAUCAUGAUAGCCACCAAGAUAGUCACCUGCGUUCUCACCACCACCGACACUGGGAUCAGAAGCAGGUAAUUAUGUCACGUUACGGUGAUUGUAAAAUUUACGUGGGUGAUCUAGGCAACAAUGCUAGCAAACCUGAACUAGAAGAUGCUUUUUCGUACUACGGUCCAUUGAGAAAUGUUUGGGUGGCCAGGAAUCCGCCAGGAUUUGCAUUCGUCGAGUUUGAAGAUCCCCGAGAUGCUGAGGAUGCAAUUCGCGGUUUGGAUGGGCGUACUAUAUGCGGUCGCAGAGCUCGUGUAGAGUUGUCCAAUGGUGGAAGAGGCUACAGCGGUCGUGGUCCCCCUCCUCGGUCUAGGCUGCCUCCUCGUCCAUAUGAUGACAGGUGCUAUGAUUGCGGAGAUCGUGGGCACUAUGCUAGAGAUUGCAGCCGGCGCCGUAGACGCAGUCGAUCAAGGUCUCGACGUCGCAGCCGCUCCCGUUCUCCAAGGUCUGGGUCCAGGUCUCGUAGCCGGUCUCGCUCCCGUUCCCGCGACCGAUCUCGCUCCAAGGGAAGAUCAGUUUCCAGAUCAAGGUCCAGGUCACCUUCUAAAGAUUCGAAAAAAUCUAAUUAA